AUGGCGUACUUCGUCCUCCUCCUUCUCCUGGCACCCGCCAUAGCCCUCGUGUUGCUGCUCCGUAACCAAAGGCAGUCGCUUCGACUUCCCCUAGGCCCCAAACCCUGGCCCGUUAUCGGCAACCUCCUUCAAAUCGGGCCCAUGCCCCACGCCACCUUCGCUCGGCUGGCCCAAACCCACGGCCCGCUCAUCUCCCUCCGCAUCGGCACCCAGCUCCUAGUCGUGGGGUCCUCGCCCGAUGCAGCUACCGCCAUCCUCAAAACCCACGACCACCACCUGUCCGGUCGCAGCGUCCCCCACGUGUCCUUCGCUCGUGACCCGGACCUGAACCGGGACUCCAUAGCCUGGUCCACCCACUGCUCCGACCAGUGGAGGUCCCUACGCUCGUUGGUUCGAACCGAGCUGUUCAGCACCAAAGUGGUCGCGGAGGAUGGCCGGCAGUCCAUGAUACGGGAGGACAAGGCUCAUGACAUGACGUCGUUUCUGUCCAAGAACCAUGGAGAGGAGGUUAGGAUCAGAGAACUGGUGUUCAAGUUCACCUUCAAUGCAUUAGCUAACGUGUACAUGUCGGCGGAUCUGAUUGGCGAUGAGUGGGCUCCGAGCCGGGUGGUCAGGGAUAUGAUGGAGCUCCAUGGUGCUCUAAACAUCUCGGACUUGUACCCGGCGUUGGCCUUUCUCGAUCUUCAAGGUCUCAGGAAAAGAACGGCCGAGUGCGUAAGCAAGCUUCGCGAGCUAUGGGAUCCAAUCGUCUUCCGAAGGAGGGAAUUAGCUAGAGGUAGAAAUAACAGUAGUGGUAGUAUCUCUAGUUCCGAUUUUUUGGACGUGUUGCUCGACUCCGGAUUUUCUGACGACCAGAUCAGCUACACCUUUGUGGAACUCCUGGCAGCAGUAUCAGAUACAACUAGUGCUACUAUGGAAUGGGCAAUGUCAGAACUCAUCGCGAACCCGAAAACCUUGACUGCAUGUCGUCAGGAGUUGGACGACAAGUUCCGCAAGGGCGACACCGUCAAGGAAUCGGAUCUAGCCCAAUUACCAUACUUAUGUGCAUGCGUGAAGGAGACCUUACGACUCCACCCUCCGGCGCCACUGUUGCUGCCACGUCGGGCAGCCAAGGACUGCCACGUCAUGGGCUACACCGUACCUAAGGAUGCUCAAGUGUUGGUCAACGUGUGGGCGGUCGCGAGGGAUCCACGUUACUGGGAGGAGCCUUUGCGGUUCAAGCCGGAGAGGUUCGUCGAGGGUGGUUCUGAGAGUGACGUGAAUUACAAAGGCAAUCACUUUGAGUACUUGCCGUUUGGGAGUGGGAGGAGGAUUUGCUCCGGGCUGCCCAUGGCUAUGAGGAAAGUCCAGCUGGCGGUGGCAACGUUGGUUCACGGGUUCGAGUGGUCGCUGCCGGCGGGAAUGGUGGCGGAGGAUUUGGAUAUGGAUGAGAAGUAUGGUGUCACGUUGAUGAAACUUAACCCACUGGUUCUCAUCCCAACUCCAAGGGAUUAA